AUGGGAGAAAUAGGAGAUACUUAUGGUUUAGACCUAGGGAAAAAGAAAGUAAUUUAUUGGGGUGAUUGGGGAUGGGAUGAUGAUAUUAACUUUGGCAACUUUGCUAGUAAUAUUUUGGAGAAAGAAGGAAUAUUAUGCUUAGGGAUAGUGGUGUUUGUUAAUCAUGAAAUAGAAAAGAAUAAAAAACCUGAAAAUAAUCCCCAAAAAAGUCCCAACGAUGAUAAUCCUGAACCCAACAACCCACCAAUCGAUACCGAAAAUUGGUGGUUAACGGACGAGGAAAUUGAACACGCUUACCGAAAAAUUGGAAAAGAAAUUGCUAACUCACCCGAAAUCCAAUUAGUUGAUCCGAGCGUUGUCCGCGUUAUCCAAGCAGGCGGCGAAAUUAGUGAGGACUUUAAAAAAGGUAAAUACAUUUUCUUUCCCAUAAAUAAUUCCGAGCAGCACGAAACCGGAGACACCGGAAGCCAUUGGAGUUUGCUGGUUUUUGCCGGAGAUGAAUCAGGUAUGUUUUUUAAUUAUAAUUCUUUGGAAUUUUCGACUACUCCGGAAAAUGCUAUGAAGGUAGCACAAAAUUUUCACAAGAAAGCAAAUUUAGCAACUUUAAUUAGUGUCGAAAAUGUGAGAGAAAUUCCUCGGCAAACCAAUAAUGCUGACUGUGGGGUUUAUGUCAUUGCUUACACCCGAGCCUUAAUUAAAAAAUACCAAGAAAGACAACCAGUAGAAGAAGGUUCAUUUAGUAUAAAUUUAGACAAAAAAGACUUAAUUUUCUCCAUUGACGAAGAAAGACAAAAAUUAAAAGUAGCCGGUUUUCCGAAAAAAGGUACCUCCGGAAAAGAUUAUGAGAUUGGCGAUGAUAUUGAAUAUUUAGAAAAAGAGGAGGAACUUAUUUCUCACUGA